AGGAUUUGUUUGACAAAGCUGCAGCCCGCCUGUCAUCUCCUAUGAUGUCAGCGGCAUAUGAACACUGAUAGGAGCCGCAGCAGCCCCAGUCAGCCUUCACCUGUCCGCGUGCACUUCUUACCUGCGUAAGUUUAGUCCUCCGACUACAUGAUGUUGUUCUACGUGAGUUGCAGCUUGCUGCUGGCACUGGCGACUUUUCACGGCGCCGCUGGAUCAGAAAUGGUGUUCCGUUGUCCGAGCUGCACCGCAGAGCGCCAGGCGGCUUGCCCGAUGCUCACGGAGCCGUGCGCGGAGAUUGUGCGCGAGCCGGGCUGCGGCUGCUGUCCGGUGUGUGCCCGGCAAGAGGGCGAUCUGUGCGGCGUUUACACACCGAGAUGCUCCAGUGGUCUGCGGUGUUAUCCCAAGCCGGAUUCGGAGUUGCCCCUGGAGCAGCUGGUUCAAGGGCUCGGGAGAUGUGGACGUAAAGUGGACACUGAGCCCACGGGGAGCGCAGAGCCUCGGGAAGUCAGCGGUGAGGUACUGGACCCUUUGGACAUUGGUCUGACUGAGGUUCCUCCCAUAAGGAAGCCCACCAAAGACAGUCCAUGGAAGGAGAGUGCUGUCCUUCAACACCGCCAGCAGCUGAAGACCAAGAUGAAGUACCACAAAGUAGAGGACCCUAAAGUACCGCAUGCCAAACAGAGCCAGUGUCAGCAGGAGCUGGACCAGGUGCUGGAAAGAAUCUCAAAAAUACCCUUCAGAGAUAACAGGGGUCCCCUGGAGGACCUUUACUCCCUGCACAUACCCAACUGUGACAAGAGGGGGCAGUACAACCUGAAACAGUGUAAGAUGUCAGUGAAUGGGCAUCGUGGCGAGUGCUGGUGUGUGAAUCCACACACAGGAAGACCCUUCACCAAUUCUCCGAUGAUAAGGGGCGAUCCCAACUGCAGCCAGUACCUCGAUGGCCUAGAGAUGGAUCCCUCUGUGGACCCUCAAAACUAAAAAUAUCCUCAACCUUCCCGUCUUGACCUUCAAGCCUACAAACCCAUAACCACACCCCCAAAGAGAGUGUUUCACACCCUCUAAACAAGCUACAAAUAUACCUUGUGUGUUUAUACAUUUUUGCGCUUGUAGAUUUAAGAUGGUUUGAAACAGUGUUGUUGCAGUUAAAGUACUGAUAUAACUGAACUGAUAGUACUUAAAUUAAAUCCAAAUGAUGGCAUAUGACCAGAGGACUGAUAACACUACUUUUCUGUAGGAAAUUAACUAGAACUGUAAACUUAUCUUUAACACUUUUACAUACUUAGUAUGUCUCUUGUGCUAAUCAUAAAGUGUACGGUUGUAUUUCUCUCAUGUUGCUGGUGCUAUUAGCUUCGAUACACUUCUCUCAUACGAGGAAAUGCGAAGGUAGGGUUUUUUACUGAUAGGACAGUGUUGGUUUUGACAAACACACUGAAGCGCUACGUUAUAAAGUCGCAAGCUAGUUCUUUACCUUAAAUGAUUUACAGAAAUAAAAUAUAUGGGGCUGCUUAUGAAGUCUUAAAAAAAUUCCUGAUGUAUGCAAAUAAAAGUUGUCCAUUUGAUUUUUUUUUUUUUGUGAAUGCAUCAGGAGUAUUCAAGCCAUUUAGUAGGGCUGCAUCCAAAAUCAUAUACUCUUUUGAGUAGGUACUAACUUCACAACCGCUAAAAAGUAUGUUCAAUAUAGUAUGAGUGUGUGUAGUAUGAAUAUAAUCUGGACGUACUACAUUCACCUUGUUGUGACCUACCAGCGUCAUCUGAUUCACAAAUCCUCUCCUGUGGCCUCAUGGGAUAUACAUACUUUUUUAUGAAUACUGUGAAUUUGGACAUACUUCUUUUGUCACAUACUGUUUUUUGCCUACUAUAUAGUAGAGAAGUAUGAGCUUUCAGAUGCAGCCCAACACUACGCAUUUAUACUAAUGCAGUUGAUAAUCUGUUACGAUUGCAUGUCACUACUGACAUCUGGUGGUCACACUAAGGAAGAGAAAACAUAAUUAUUAUAACACUGCAUAAAAUCUCACUGAAGAAGUGUUAAAUAGAUUCAAUACAGAGAGCUGUUCACUAACUAUUUUAACUUAACAUUGUGAUUUACUUUGUGCAAAUUUUAUGCACAAUUCAACCUUUCUGUUAGGUGUCAUUGUCACUUGCUCUUUGGACCCUAUGUUUUACAUGUACACAAAUAAAGAAGUAUUUCAAGGUA